GCUGAAUGGAGGAUGCUGUGCGGGGCGCGUCGGGAGUUGUAGUUUUCAAGGGGAUUUAGGGCUGAACCGGAGAAUAAGCGUGCCUGGGGGUGAGCUGUGUGGACAGAAGCGGCUGGAGAGGAGACCGGUUAGAGAUUUGCCACGAUGCCCGUGAAUUGCAGUAGUUGUGAGACACAACGGGCGGUCCUGCGAAGACCCAAGACUGGUCAUUCAGUGUGUAAGGAAUGCUUCUUCCAUGCUUUCGAGGAGGAGGUCCACCAUACCAUAGUAUCUGCCAAGCUCUUUCAGCCACGUGAGAAGGUUGGCAUUGGAGCUUCAGGUGGGAAAGACUCCACGGUCCUCGCCCACAUCCUAAAGGUUUUGAAUGAACGCUAUAAUUAUGGCUUGGAGCUCAUUCUGAUCUCGGUAGACGAAGGGAUCUCUGGAUACAGAGACGACUCCUUGGAGACCGUAAAAAGGAACCAACAGCAGUACGAGCUGCCUCUGAAAAUUGUGUCUUAUCAAGAUCUGUACGGCUGGACCAUGGACCAGAUCGUCAAGCAAGUGGGGCUCAAGAACAACUGCACAUUUUGUGGGGUAUUCAGAAGGCAAGCUCUGGACCGCGGCGCCAUGAUGCUGGGGGUUAACAAGAUAUGCACAGGCCACAACGCUGACGACAUAGCGGAAACCGUCCUGAUGAAUUUCCUCCGAGGGGACAUAGCCCGUUUACGGCGCUGCACAGCGAUAACCACCGGCAGCGAAGGUGCCAUCCCGCGGUGUAAACCUCUGAAAUACGCCUACGAGAAGGAGAUUGUGCUUUACGCCUAUUUUAAAAAGCUGGACUAUUUUUCCACUGAGUGCAUCUACUCUCCCAAUGCCUAUCGGGGCCACGCCCGGGCUUUCCUGAAAGAUCUGGAGGCUUUGAGGCCCAGCGCCAUCAUUGACAUCAUCCAUUCCGGAGAAAACCUGUCUGUGAAGGAAGAUGUCCGGAUGCCUGUGCAAGGAACCUGCACACGUUGCGGCUACAUCUCCAGCCAGGGACUCUGCAAGGCGUGCGUACUGUUGGAGGGCCUAAACCGGGGUCUCCCCAAGCUGGGAAUCGGCAAACACCAUAAACUUCACCAUAAGCUUUUGGCGCAGGAACCGCUGAGCGAAGCAGAAACCCGAAAGCUGAAAGUUGUGGACUUCUGAUGUAUAAUCCGUGGCUGAAACGGAAAGGCAAAAAUAUCAGUCCUGAAGGGAUCAGUUUUUAUCUGUUCCGGAGAGGGUUGGGUAGCGACCAAUAUGGCUUCUAGAAGGUUUCUCACCCAUCGUUUAUAGCGUCUUUAAUGGCAAAUCCACUUAGUUAUGCGCCAAUUUAAGGGGUUGUCCGGGCUUUUUACUAUUGAUGACCUGUCCUCAGGAUAGAUCAUCAAUAUCGGAUCGGCAGGGGGUCUGACACCCGGCACCCCCACGAUCACUUGUAUGAGAAGACAGCGGUGUGCACGUGCCGCCCCCCUUCUCUCUUCCUGUCCGCUGCUGAGGUGAACAGGAAGACAGAAGGGGGAUAGAUGUGCUCACUGCGCGCGCUCUCUUCUCAUACAGCUGAUCAGCGGGGGUGUCGGACUGCAGCUGUUCUG